CCAGUCGCAUUGAAAAUUGGACCAUGCAUGUAUGCAGCUUCAGCAUGGCGGAAGAGGAGAAAAACAAGAAUACUACCGAUACACCGGAGAAGAAAAUCCACGGCGGCGAUAAGUUUUCCGGUGCCGGAACUGAUGCAUGCACAAUGCAGAAUUUGGCUAGAGGGAGUUCCUAUGAUGGAAAGGAUAGUUUUUAUGAAAAGCUUAACAAGUUGAACGAGUCCUCUGGACUUAGUCUUGUCUUUAACUUAAGACAAACAACCUUGGAUUUGCAUCUUUUCUAUGAAGAAGUCACUAAAAGAGGUGGAUUUAAUCAGGUCACGAAGGAUGCUAAGUGGGGUGAAGUUACUUGUACAUUGCAUGUGAACAGCAAUAUCACGAUGUUUCCGACUCAACUUCAGAAGGUGUACGAAAUUCUUCUUCUUCAAUUUGAGCAACUUUAUUACUAUCGAAGUCGAGAAAAAGGAACCAUGCAACCACCUAGUCAGGUUUCUGGUGCUGCUAGGCUAGAACCAGCAAAAGGUUCUGGAGAUAGGUCAGAUGACUCCGCGGGGAAGAGAAAAUUUUGUGAUUGGUCAUCUCCUGUAGUAGCUUUGCGCUCUGAUAAUAGGGGCGGUCCAGUAGAAAAAAGGAAGUGCAAGAGUGAUACUUGCCUAGUUUCAACAGGGCCAGAAGCACUAAAAUCUCAGAUUUCAUCAAUCAACACGUAUCUGAAGAAAGACCCCGGUGCUCCAGUAAGAACAAGGACUUCAUAUCAGAUAUACCUCAAGUUGGAAUGUGAAAGACUAAAGAAAGUACUUGGGGAGAGUUCUGGUGCUAAGAAAAUAAGAGAUAUGGCCAUUAAUUCCUGGAGGACUCUGUCUGAAAAUGACAAAGAGCCUUAUAUUGAAGCAAGUAAGCUGGACAAGGAAAGAUAUAACAGAGAAAUGGCUGCUUAUAAUCAGCAUAAGAACAAGGAAACUGCAAAAGAUCAAAACUUGCACAGGGGUUUGUCCCCUAGUAUGGUCAACUUCGGUGCACCAUCAGGAAUAGAUAAUGGGUAUUAUGUGUCACCGCAAGCUGAUACUGGAAGCAACAUUGUCCCUGAUGCAUCCUUUAUGGAGUCCACAGUACAAAUAACGAAGAAUGGUAAGCCAAGUGACCCCAUAUUUCAGAUGGAUUGGGGUUAUUUAGCCUAGUUGAGGCAAAAUUUCAGUUGCUAGCAGGUCUUGAUUAGGGCGCCUUACUGCUUAGUAGUUUUUAGAAGGUAUGUAUAGAAAGUAUGUCAUAAACUUAGCAUGGUGUUUUGAAGAUGUAUAUAGCUUUUAGUCUUUUGAAAUUAGCAUGUCAAGAAGCAGCAUUUCUAGGUUCUAGAGGUACGCACAGGAAAAAUGCAGCUCGCUGCCUGCAAAUUUUGUAAAAGGGUCCAUGUGCUCUUCUGGUUAUGGGAAGUUUCCACAAGUUUUGUAUAUGCAAA